AUGCCACCUAAAAAAGCACCAAUUUACUGUUUAGUCCACGGGAAUCCAGAAAGUUCUGUAUUCAGGAUUAAAUAUGAUAAGAAUAUGACCAUUGACGAGUUAAGAAAAGUCAUAUGGAAGGAAAAAAUUGAGGUUCCCGAACAUGUAAAAGCAAAGGAUCUCAUUUUAUAUCAAGUUGAUAUUAAUCUUAAUACGCAAAACCUCAAACGAACUGCUCUUGGCAAUCAAGAUGCCAACAUUGUGAAUGAUUUGGGUGGUCAAGUGUUGAGUCCUAUGGAUACAAUUAAAGAAAUAUUUCCCGUACUUGCCAACAAACAUAUUUACAUUAUUGUUUGUGUACCUGAUGUUGCUAUUAGGAGAAACGAUGAUGUAAUUAUUGCUAGACUUGAUAAGCUUGAUCAGAAUGUUGAUAGGAUUGAUAAGAAUAUUGAAGAUAUAAAGAGAGAAAAAUCUUCACAAAUUAGGUCUAUUUUAGCAGGAGCAAAAAUGACAACACGUGAAAUAGAAUUUCCAACCCUCAAUUUUGAUUUGGAAAAUGAGAGGAUUGAUGCUUUCGGAUGGAUAGAUGCCAUAGAAAAAUCACAAAAUGAUAGUACAAAUACUGAUAUCUUACAAAUAAGACUUUCUGGAACAACAGACUUAGUUAUAGUGGACAGGCAUUCUAUCGCUUCUCAAGCCCAAGAGAACAUAUCCGAUUCCUCUUUGAGAAAAAUUAUAAUGAGGCUUAAACUUACUAGAACUGAAUCUGUAGUGUUGAUACGAAAUAAUCUUAUAUCAGCGAACAAAGAAUUGAUAGAAUUAGCGAAUCAAGCAUUUGAACCAACUGAAUAUCCAGCGGUAGGGUUGGAUCGGUCCGCGGUAAUACAAGAAAGCUCUCAAAUAGAUAUAGAAUCAAGUUAUUCUAAAGAAGAACUACCACCCAAAAGACAGAAACUUAGACAUGUUAUUGCAACUUCUAACGUAAGUUCUGAUAUAGAUCUGAUGGAAGGUUUUUUUGAUACUAUGAGUGAAGAAGAAAUAUUCAGAUAUAAAGCAAAACAAAUUUUAACUUGA